CUGGCUGCGGCUGCACGCACUUCGGAAACAUUCAAUUCACGAUGGUGUCAGUCUGGAGACGGGAAGAAAGCUGCUAGUACUGUACGUUCAAGUUGUCAUUUUAAAACGUUGUUUUUCAUUUAUUUAUACGCAAAAUAUAAAUUAUAGUCUUCUAUUAUUCGCCACCUAAUAACACAUUAGUUCAGCGCAAAUAUUUUACUCUCGUUUAUCGUCUUUCGGAAUCAAAACCUCAGUAGAAACUUUGCAAAGUGAGGGGAUGUUCUAGAUGGACAAGGUUGCAGCGCCUCACUGACCCAGAGAAGCCCAAGUCCCAAGGAGAGAGGAUCCUCAAGCCCCAGGGAGACGGCCUGGCCUGCAGGGGCAGGGAGAGAGGAUCCUGAAGCCCCAGGGAGACGGCCUGGCCUGCAGGGGCAGGGAGAGAGGAUCCUGAAGCCCCAGGGAGACGGCCUGGCCUGCAGGGGCAGGGAGAGAGGAUCCUGAAGCCCCAGGGAGACGGCCUGGCCUGCAGGGGCAGGGAGAGAGGAUCCUGAAGCCCCAGGGAGACGGCCUGGCCUGCAGGGGCAGGGAGAGAGGAUCCUGAAGCCCCAGGGAGACGGCCUGGCCUGCAGGGGCAGGGAGAGAGGAUCCUGAAGCCCCAGGGAGACGGCCUGGCCUGCAGGGGCAGGGAGAUGGGCUCAGAGGAGAGGAGUUCAGCCAUGUCUCACAAGAUCUCUUCCCCCUCACACAGCAACAGCAGCUCCUCCUCCAAACACGACAGCCGACAGGACAGUUGGGAGAUUGUAGAGGGGCUGCGUGGAGGACACAGUAAUGUCCAGGAGCCCCAGAAGCAGGAUGGAUACAUGCUGAAGAGGAGGAAGUGGCCGAUGAAGGGAUGGCACAAGAGAUACUUCUACUUGGACAAGGGCAUCCUGAAGUAUGCCAAGUGUGGUGCUGACAUUGAGAAGGGGAAGUUACACGGUUGUAUUGACGUGGGUCUCUCUGUCAUGGCCAUUAAGAAGUCAGCCCAGUGCAUUGAUCUGGAUGCAGAGGAAAACAUCUAUCACCUGAAGAUCAAGUCUCAGGAGCUGUUUGAUGAAUGGGUGUCUAAGCUACGCCACCAUCGGCUGUACCGUCAGAAUGAGAUAGCCAUGUACCCCCAGGAGAAGGCUUACUACUACCCCCGCUUCCCCCCUCCCGGGUCCCCCGGUGUGGCUGAUAGAACGCGGCCUGUGUCUCUAGCCAGACAGGCGUCGGUCCAUGCUGCAGGUAGCUUCCCAGUGACCUGUACCAGCCAAUCCAAGGUGGCCGCCUGGCUGCAGUCCUCAGACGACAUGAACAAGUGUUCUGAAGACAUGUCAGUAUGUGAGUCCUACUUGUUGGAACUGAACCAUCUGCUACAGAGUAUGGAGGUCAUCCACCGCACCUACUCAGCUCCAGCCAUCAACGCACUACUGCAGGCUUCUACAUUUGACACCCCCAAAAAGGAAAAAAGGCCCCCAAGGAAAUGGCGUGGUUCUAAAAACUACGGCAAAGAUGUGAAAACAACACUGCAGGUUCCCAGUUGCAUCUCAUCUGGCUCCGUCCGUCUCCACGCCUCCAACCCCAACCUCUCUACUGCAGCCCUGGGGACUGCGAAGGCCUACCCUGAACCUCCCUAUAUGGACUCUCCUAUAGACGUAGCCAAACUACAGGAGGACUUCUGCCGCGUCGCUAACAACCUGCAUGCCACCAUGAAGUCAGCCCUGAGCGCUCUCACCUCUGAGAAGGAGAAGUUAAAACAGGUGCUGGACCACCAAGACACAUGCCCCCCUACCUCCCCAGGGAUUAUGGGUCUGAAGAACGCUCUGUCCUCGGCUAUAGCCCAGAACUCUGAACUGAGAGAGCGUCUGAGCAACAUUCACGCUGAGUCCCGCUGCGUCCCAGAAUCCUCCACUGGGCUCAUAAACCUCUCUGGUCCCCUACAGAAGCAAGACUCCACCGAUGGAUCCCACCCCCUAGUUCACCAGGCGUCCAAUGAGAGCAGAGCGUCCAUCACAGAGUCUCUGUCAGAGUUCUUCGAUGCUCAGGAGGUUCUACUGUCUGCCAGCUCCUCAGAAAAUGAGGCCUCUGAUGAUGACUCAUACAUCAGUGACAACGUCAGCGACAACAUCUCCAUGGACAACUUCAGCAACGAGACGGAGAGACCUAACUCGGGCUGUGAAGAGAACGGGACCCUUCUGAGAAGACGCAGGUCGUGCCUGCCGUCGGCCAGCCCUAACACCAGUAACAUCAGUCUAUGGAACAUCCUUAAGAACAACAUAGGGAAAGACCUCUCCAAGGUGGCUAUGCCUGUUCAGCUGAACGAGCCCCUCAACACCCUGCAGAGACUGUGUGAGGAGCUGGAGUACAGCGAGCUGCUGGACAGAGCUGCUAACACACAGGACCCCUUUGAACGCAUGGUGUACGUAGCCACGUUUGCAGUGUCGGGGUACGCGUCCAGCUACCACCGAGCGGGAGGAAAGCCCUUCAACCCGGUCCUGGGGGAGACCUACGAGUGUGACCCCGACAAGGGCCUCCGAUUUAUAGCAGAACAGGUCAGCCAUCACCCACCUAUAUCAGCAUGCCACGCUGACUCUAAAAACUACAUAUUCUGGCAAGACAUGAGGUGGAAAAACAAGUUCUGGGGGAAGUCUAUGGAAAUAGUUCCUGUGGGCACCACCCAUGUGAUUCUGCCAGGGUUUGGAGACCACUAUGAGUGGAACAAGGUAACGUCCUGUAUCCACAACAUCCUGAGUGGGCAGCGCUGGAUAGAACACUACGGAGAGAUCUCCAUCAGGAACACCAGCACUGAUAUCUGCCAGUGUAAGGUCACCUUCAUCAAGGCAAAGUACUGGAACUCGAGUGUUAACGAGGUGGAGGGCACCAUCACAGACCACAAGGGGAAGGUCAUCCACAGACUGUUUGGGAAGUGGAACGAGGGGGUGUACUGUGGAGACCCACCCUCUGCCACCUGCAUCUGGAGAGCCAAUGCCAUGCCGGCUGACCACGAGCAGUACUACGGCUUCACUAAGUUUGCUAUGGAGCUCAAUGAGCUGGACCCUUCACUGAAACUGCUGCUGCCUCCCACAGACACCCGGCUACGGCUCGACCAGAGGCUGCUAGAGGAGGGCAACGUAGAGGCAGCAGAGGAACAGAAACAGAAGAUAGAACAGCAGCAGAGAGACAGACGCAGAGUCCUGGAGGAAAACACCAUGACACAUCAACCCACAUUCUUCAGGAAAUCAAAGGAUGACACCUGGGUUAGCAACAACACUUACUGGGACCUGAGGAGCGAUCCAGGCUUUGCCCACCUGGACUGUCCUGUGUUGUGGUGACCUGAGGAGGGAACCAGGCUAUCACCACCUGGACUGUCCUGUGUUGUGGUGACCUGAGGAGGGAACCAGACUAUCACCACCUGGACUGUCCUGUGUUGUGGUGACCUGAGGAGGGAACCAGACUAUCACCACCUGGACUGUCCUGUGUUGUGGUGACCUGAGGAGGGAACCAGGCUAUCACCACCUGGACUGUCCUGUGUUGUGGUGACCUGAGGAGGGAACCAGACUAUCACCACCUGGACUGUCCUGUGUUGUGGUGACCUGAGGAGGGGACCAGACUAUCACCACCUGGACUGUCCUGUGUUGUGGUGACCUGAGGAGGGAACCAGACUAUCACCACCUGGACUGUCCUGUGUUGUGGUGACCUGAGGAGGGGACCAGACUAUCACCACCUGGACUGUCCUGUGUUGUGGUGACCUGAGGAGGGGACCAGACUAUCACCACCUGGACUGUCCUGUGUUGUGGUGACCUGAGGAGGGGACCAGACUAUCACCACCUGGACUGUCCUGUGUUGUGGUGACCUGAGGAGGGGACCAGACUAUCACCACCUGGACUGUCCUGUGUUGUGGUGACCUGAGGAGGGGACCAGACUAUCACCACCUGGACUGUCCUGUGUUGUGGUGACCUGAGGAGGGGACCAGACUAUCACCACCUGGACUGUCCUGUGUUGUGGUGACCUGAGGAGGGAACCAGACUAUCACCACCUGGACUGUCCUGUGUUGUGGUGACCUGAGGAGGGAACCAGGCUAUCACCACCUGGACUGUCCUGUGUUGUGGUGACCUGAGGAGGGAACCAGACUAUCACCACCUGGACUGUCCUGUGUUGUGGUGACCUGAGGAGGGGAACCAGACUAUCACCACCUGGACUGUCCUGUGUUGUGGUGACCUGAGGAGGGAACCAGACUAUCACCACCUGGACUGUCCUGUGUUGUGGUGACCUGAGGAGGGGACCAGACUAUCACCACCUGGACUGUCCUGUGUUGUGGUGACCUGAGGAGGGAACCAGACUAUCACCACCUGGACUGUCCUGUGUUGUGGUGACCUGAGGAGGGAACCAGACUAUCACCACCUGGACUGUCCUGUGUUGUGGUGACCUGAGGAGGGGACCAGACUAUCACCACCUGGACUGUCCUGUGUUGUGGUGACCUGAGGAGGGGACCAGACUAUCACCACCUGGACUGUCCUGUGUUGUGGUGACCUGAGGAGGGGAACCAGACUAUCACCACCUGGACUGUCCUGUGUUGUGGUGACCUGAGGAGGGGACCAGACUAUCACCACCUGGACUGUCCUGUGUUGUGGUGACCUGAGGAGGGAACCAGACUAUCACCACCUGGACUGUCCUGUGUUGUGGUGACCUGAGGAGGGAACCAGACUAUCACCACCUGGACUGUCCUGUGUUGUGGUGACCUGAGGAGGGGACCAGACUAUCACCACCUGGACUGUCCUGUGUUGUGGUGACCUGAGGAGGGAACCAGACUAUCACCACCUGGACUGUCCUGUGUUGUGGUGACCUGAGGAGGGAACCAGACUAUCACCACCUGGACUGUCCUGUGUUGUGGUGACCUGAGGAGGGGACCAGACUAUCACCACCUGGACUGUCCUGUGUUGUGGUGACCUGAGGAGGGGACCAGACUAUCACCACCUGGACUGUCCAGUGUUGUGGUGACCUGAGGAGGGGACCAGACUAUCACCACCUGGACUGUCCAGUGUUGUGGUGACCUGAGGAGGGGACCAGACUAUCACCACCUGGGCUGUCCUGUGUUGUGGUGACCUGAGGAGGGGACCAGACUAUCACCACCUGGACUGUCCAGUGUUGUGGUGACCUUAGUGUGACUUCUGUGGCCACUGGUCACACACCUGGGUCAUGUUUAUUAGGCACAGGACUGAAACAGGGAGGGACUACCUGAGCUUGUCCAAUAAGAAACGCUUGUGCGUUCAUAAGGCACCAAACGGAAGAAAACAGACUGCAACGGAGGGAACUACCUGAACUUCCAGUCCAAUAAGAAACUUAAUUUUUUUGUUUUCAGUUGCAAAACGUUUUGCUACGGUGUGCACUUAUGAACACGACCAUGCUUGGACUUCCUGUCUGUACUGUGACCCAGGCUGGCUCUGGGGGCUGGAGUCCUGCUGCUCUGUCCGUCUCAUUGGUUACGCCUCAAAUGGCACCCUAUUCCCUACAUAGUGCACUGCUUUUGACCAGAGCCCAAUGGGCCCAAGUAGUGCAUCAUACGCUAAAGGGAAUAGGGUGCCAUUUGGGACUUACCCUCUUGCACAUGUCCACCUGCUAUCCAUCAUUCACAUGUCCAUCUACUAUCCAUCAUUCACCUGUCCAUCUACUAUCCAUCAUUCACAUGUCCAUCUACUACCCAUCAAUCACAUGUCCAUCUACUAUCCAUCAUUCACCUGUCCAUCUACUAUCCAUCAUUCACCUGUCCAUC